UCCUCCUCCUCAAGAUGGUGAUGCCGCGCCUCCUGAUGAUCCUCCACCCGCGCCUCCUGAUGAUCCUCCACCUGUUCUUUCUCCUCGUGGUCCUCCUCGUCAAAAUGGUGAUGCCGCGGCUCCUGUUGGUCAGCCACCUGUUCUUUCUCCUCGUGGUCCUCCUCCUCAAGAUGGUGAUGCCGCGGCUCCUGUUGGUCAGCCACCUGUUCUUUCUCCUCGUGGUCCUCCUCCUCUUGAAGAGGGUGGUGCCGCGGAGAAAGCCGUAGGGGAUGCACAGGCUCCCGUCCACGAAGAAAGCAAUGUGGAUAUCGAAGAUAAUGAUGGUGGAGACGCUCCUGGCGCUCCUAGUACAGACCAGGACUCUGGAGUUGUAGGAGAGAAUUCGAGUCAUGAUGGGGAAGAGAAUCCUAAUAAUCAACAUCCAAGAACAAAUGGUUCCUCUGAUCAGACAGAGGAAAGUCAGCACAAAAGUUCAGCUGCAAAUAAUACUGCUACAGAGUCGGAGGACAAUACUGCAGACCAACAAGAUUCGUCUUCUCAACAAAAUGAACCUACGGCCGGACAGGAUGCGCCUCAUUCUGCUCCAGGAGAGAAUGAGAAUGGCACCACAUCAGAAGUUAACAGUAGUGCACCUGCGGCUCCUUCUUCUCACGUCGAAGAAACCGAGAACAAACAACAUCAAGAAAAAACGACAGCUCAGAGGCGUAUCGAAGCACAAGCACGGCUCUAUCAGCCGCAGGAACCUGCGUAUUUGGAUUUGAGCAAAAUACCGUUUCGCGACCGCUAUGCAGUGCAAAUUAUGGCCCCUGAAGAAUGGCUAAGACCCAUAGACCGACGUCGCGUGCCUGCGGACGUAGGGGACGGUCUAGACCCAAUUGGUCGCUUUGGUCCGGACAAUCUCUGCGUUGCAGGUUUUGUAGGGGGGAAAUUGGAUCGACUGGCGCGUUUGUCCGCAUCGAAUAGUGUCAUUAAGGCUUUAUAACGUUGCAGCAUCCUCAGCAUCAUCUUUCUUUGGAUCUUAUUUUUCUACUUGAAAAAGAAGCCUCCAAGGAUAUGACUCCUAAGGAAGAUGCAAACGCAGUAGCUCUAAUGUCAAGGAAGACGCGACCGGUAAAGAGCAUGAGCCACUCUAUCAUGCUUCCUCGCCGAACCCUGCAAGCUGGUCUGUAUGUCCUGUGGACACACGAAGGUGUCCUGACAGGAGUUGGGAUUUCUGCUCGCCGACAAAAUGGGCAGAGAAAUCUGCGGAGAGCUGACCUCCUGCUCAUAACAAUUUAUAGCUCCAUCCUGCA